GUCUUUGUAAAAAUCCAAACAAAAAGAGAAGUCGUGCUGUAUUUGCUCAAAAGUUUGCAAUUACGAAAACAAACUCUUCUUCAUCCUGCAUUUGGACAAUUCAAUUCAAAAACUCAAUCUUUCAUCACCCAGAAAAUUUCAACACCAUUUUUUGCAGUGAAAAAAAAAACUUUGAAGGAGAGAAAACAGUAAAAAAAGAGAGAGAUGCUCUUAAAAUUAUCACUAAAACAGUCAAUGGUACUUGCAGUUCCAGUGCAUCCGCCAUUAAAGUUAACCCACCAUGAAUUUUGCUGUUGCAGGUUUCGAUCCUCUGCAAAUGAUUCUACUGAUCGCAAAUUACCCUUUAAAUUCCCUCUUCAAUGGCGGAAUUCUAAGUGGAAGUUUACUGAUAUUGAUCCUGAUUCUGUAAAGAAAAAUUUGAAUAAAUUGUUAUUAAAGACCCACAACUUUGUUCAUGAGAUGACUUCUCCGUUGGUGAAAACUGGGAAGCUUGAUGACAGCAAAGAUGUCGAUUAUCAUGACAGUGAGGAUAUACUUGUGGGAGAACAGACUAUUCAGAGUGAUCUCCUUGAUGGGAAUCUUUCUUUAGCUGCUGUUGUUUCAAUUGAACAGUUCAGUAGGAUGAACGGAUCCACUGGGCCGAAGAUGCAAAAAUUGUUUGAGGCUCUUGUACCCAAAUUGGUGCACAAGGAUGCCCGUAAUUUAGUCGAGUAUUGCUGCUUUAGGUUUUUGUCGAGAGAUAAUUCUGACUUUCAUCCUUGCCUUCAGGAACUUGCCUUCCGGAGGCUAAUAUUCAUUACUAUGCUUGGUUGGGAAAAGCCUUACAGACUAGAAAAUGAUUCCUAUCUUGAUGGCUCCGAAGAGGCAUCUUUACAGACAAGGCUUGUCGGAGAAGAAUCUUUUGUUCGCAUUGCACCUGCUAUACCUGGUGUUGCUGAUCGAUCAACUGUGCAUAAUAUCUACAAAGCGCUUGCUGGUGAUAAAGGGGGAAUCUCUUUUAGCAUUUGGUCCUCAUACAUCAAUAAACUUCUGAAAGUGCACAACGAAAGGAAAUCCUAUGAGUUUCAACUUCCCCACAUGCCAUCAGAGCAAGUUUUGUGUGUGGGUUCUAGUAGGAAGCAGCCUGUUCUUAAAUGGGAAGGCAACAUGGCAUGGCCAGGAAAACUAACUUUGACGGAAAGAGCCCUUUAUUUUGAGCCACUAGACUUUUCAAAGAGCAAAAAAGUUGAGAGAUUGGAUAUUUCGGGGCACGAUGCUCAGGUGAACAAGACUAAAGUUGGUUUAUUUGGAUCGGAGCUCUUUGACUCAGCUGUCUCUAUAUCUUCUGGUGAAAAGGAAUGCAAACCGUGGGUGUUGGAGUUUAUUGAUCUUGGAGGUGAUAUGAGGCGAGAUGUUUGGCAUGCGUCAAUGAGUGAAGUUAUUGCUUUUCACAAGUUUGUGCAUGAAUAUGGACCUCAGGAAGAUGAGUUUGCUUCUAGCAUUUAUGGUGCUGACAAGGGGAAAAAAAGAGCUAAAAUAGAUGCUGUUAAUAGUAUCUCUAGACUUCAAUCCCUCCAAUCUAUCAGGAAGCUACUGGAUGAACCAUUGAAACUUCUUCAGUUCUCAUAUUUAAAAUAUGCCCCUUAUGGUGAUAUUGUUUACCAAACUCUUGCUCUGAACUAUUGGGGUGGACGUGGAUCACUAGUUCCGAAGUGGAAGAAAGUAAAAAGCCCUUAUACAAAGAAUGCUAGGUCCCUGGACGAGGCUUCUGAAGUAAAUUACCAUGUACAUGACGUGGAUGGAAGUGUGUAUUUGAGCCAGUGGAUGAGAUCUCCAACCUGGGCGUCUAACAAUUCUAUAUCCUUUUGGAGGAAUGCACCACUCAAACAAGGAUUAGUUCUCAGCAAAAAUCUUAUAGUUGGUGGUGCUUCCUUGACCGAAAGGGCAGUAAGAAUAUGUAGGGAUAAAAGUAAAGUUAUUGAAAAAACACAGGCCACCAUCGAUGCUGCUACCCUUGAAGGGAUACCAAGUAACAUUGACCUUUUCAAGGAACUUAUCCUCCCUCUAACCAGUAUGGUUAGGAGUUUUGAAAAGCUUAGACGCUGGGAGAAUCCAUAUAUGACAGUUGCUUUUCUUGGACUGGCAUAUGCUAUUAUAUUCAGUAUUGGUUACUCUCAUCAAAACCUUGUCAGAAACUUGCUGGCAUAUGUAUUUCCAACAACAUUGAUGGUAGCAGCUACCAUUCUGCUGUCACUGAAGGCACUAAGGGAGCAAGGUCGUCUUGGAAGAUUCUUUGGGAAGGUUAUUAUUCGUGACCAGCCACCUUCGAACACAGUUCAGAAGAUCAUAGCUCUUAAGAAAGCCAUGCGUGAUAUGGAGAAGUUCCUUCAAAAUAUCAAUGUCACACUUCUAAAAUUACGCACCAUUGUCCUUUCUGGUCAGCCUCAGAUAACUACUGAAGUUGCUCUAGUUCUUCUAUCGUCUGCAACGAUCCUGCUUAUUGUCCCUUUCAAGUAUGUUCUCUCUUUUUUAAUAUUUGAUACAUUUACACGUGAACUCGAAUUCCGGAGGGAAAUGGUUCUAAGGUUCAAGAAAUUGGUGAAAGAUCGUUGGGAAACUGUGCCUGCUGCUCCAGUGGUAGUACUGCCAUUUGAGAAUGAUCAAAAGGGCCCAAUGCAUCAAACCAACAAAUUGGAGGCACAAGAGAAAUCAGAGUGAAGGUGAAUAGAUUUUACCUCGAACACAGGAUGUCACAAAUCACAAUGUAGUCUGAUACAUUGCAGCAAGUAAAUUUGCUGGCGGGAUCAUCAUAAGCAUAGCUAUAUGCUGCAGGACAAAUUUUCUUGAAUAUUUUGGAAUAGAUUGUUGUCUGAAAAGAUGGUGGUUUUCCAUAUAUACCCCUGCGGUUGUACUCAUCAAUCCUAAAGUAAUGCCAAGCACUCGAGAGGCAAUAGUUUUUCCAUGAAGCUUAACUGCAAUUUCUGAUGGACAAUCGUCCUUCGAGUCUCCACCGCAACUGACAGUGUUGUUCUCUGUCCCAUCAAGCGACAUAACAAUCAUUAGUAAGUUGAAACUCCCAACAAGGCUGACGUCAAAGAAGUCUAGUGGUCCUUGGUGAACUCUGCUAUUGUUGCUGGUUGUUGCUCAGGUGUGGAGCAUUUGAGGGAAUUGCCACAGCUACCUUGUUUGGCAGGCAUGGUACCAUUUCCAGUGGUGUCAAAUGAGCUGCCUGUUCAACCAAUUAUUCGCCCAUGCCAUCCAGGUGGAGCAGUUAUAACUUAUAACUGAUGAUCGUCCCAGAUUCAAGAUAAAAGCUGUAUAGCUAAUACUUUCACUUGGUAUUAUUCCUGGCCAUACCUUCUCUUUGCAACGGUUUGCUAUACCGAAGUUUGUGCUCUCCGAGGAUCUUUUUAGCAUAACCUUAAAGUUGUUGUGAUCCUUCUUAUUUCAGAAUAUGAUACCUUGUAAAAAUGAUGUUUGUUCCGGGCAAUAUAUAAAAAGGAAGUGAAGUUUUUGAAAUUAUUA